CCAAACACAGAAAAGGGUAACGCUUAAUUUCUAUCCCAUUCUCUCCUGUGGCAUCGUGGUGGGCAGAAACUUGUGCAGCUGACUUUGUGUUUCACAAACACAUAACGCAGAUUGUUUUUUAUUGCUUUUUUUUUCUUGUGGCAGGAAAGUAAAGAUGAAGCCGUUGGACGGAUACUGCAGCGCGUAAAAGUUGUGGAUGGUUACUUCUGCGCAUAAACAUUUAAAGGACUAUUUUGUCUCCAAAAUACAAGAGCAGGUCAGAUUCUUCCCUCUGCGAAAAUUUCGCCCACAAGCAGGCUGGAAGACCAUUCACUCCGGAGAACACCACGAAUCCGCAGAGCGCAGAUGAUCGCAACUGGUGUUUGUGGCGUUGCGCUGGUGCUGGUGUUGGUGGUUCUGAUCCCGGUCGUGGUGAACACCGCCGGGACUCCUGCACGCUACGAGAUGCUCGGAUCCUGCCAGAUGGUGUGCGACUCCCACGGGACUACAGCCACCGCAACGGCCAAGGUAACCAAUCCGAUCAAAGACAACCGCCUGGUUCAGUCGCUUCCUACAUUCAUCCAAGGUCCUCAAGGAGAGCCGGGGCGUGUCGGGAGGAUGGGUCCGAGGGGUCCGGUUGGCGAGCCCGGACCACCUGGACCUGCUGGCCCUCCCGGGGAGAGAGGAGCUCCUGGCCCUCCCGGUCCACCCGGAGCAAUUGGCCCAACUGGUGCUAUCAGCGCUGCCACUUACAACACCAUCCCAAAGAUAGCGUUUUAUGCAGGACUGAAGAAGCAGCAUGAGGGAUAUGAAGUGCUGAAAUUCGACGACGUAGUCACAAAUCUUGGCAACCACUAUGACCCCUCUACAGGGAAAUUCACCUGCUCGAUACCGGGAAUUUACUUUUUUGUGUACCAUGUGCUGAUGAGAGGCGGGGACGGAACCAGCAUGUGGGCUGACCUCUGUAAAAACAACCAGGUGCGAGCCAGUGCCAUUGCCCAAGACGCCGACCAGAAUUACGACUACGCCAGCAACAGUGUUGUCCUACACCUGGAGCCCGGAGAUGAGAUUUACAUUAAACUGGACGGUGGGAAGGCGCACGGGGGCAACAACAACAAGUACAGCACCUUCUCUGGUUUCAUGUUGUACGCUGAUUGAAAGCUCUGCUAAAGAAGACCUGCUCUACACAUAGCUUGCGUCACUGCUCAUUCUCAAUGCCAGUUGGAUUAUUAGAGACAGAGCUCACCAUUUCCAUUUAGCAAGAGUCCAGGAAGAUGUGGAGGAAGUCAUGCGAAAAAAGAAAGAACUGUGCUUUGCACUAGCGCGGGGCUUACAGUUUAAUUGCAGGAGAGUAAUAAUGAAUUUUAAUUUGCACAGCAUCAAGCUGUACCCUUGUCAGGUUGGUUUGUGUCGCUAUUGCACCCUGAACAAACUUUUUAGUUUUACAAAAUUACUUUGCUGAUAUGUCAAACGUAUGGUAGCUGCUGUAGUAACACAUAGGCCUACUAAGUGAAUUAAAAGUUCAAUGUAUUGACCUUUAGCACUGAAUUAUGACAUUCACACAAUCAUUUAGUCCAUACGUGUGUGUGUUUUAUAUUUUAAAACUGAUAUCCAUUGCAUUUUGUCUGGCAAUGUUUGAAUCCAUAGUAAUGCAUGCUUAUAAAAAUAUUUUAACUGUGCAACUUAAAAAGAAAAAUCUGUAAAAGGCCAUUGUCAUAUUUACAUUGAAAGACUCACAAAAUGAUCACUACAACUCAUUUUUGUUGUCCAUCUCAACAUGACAGCUGCUUGAGGCAACAGGGCGACUUGGUAGUUAGUUACCAUCACAAAACUGAACAGUCACACUGACAAAUCUGUUUCUUGGAGCUUGACAACACUCAUCGAUCUGCCUGCGGAUUGUUAAGUCCCUCCAGACUGUCAGUUAAAAUGUGUUUAAAAAAAAAAACAACAAAAAAACACUAAAAAUCAAAACCUGGCUCAUUUUACACUCAUCUUUGGAGAUUAAUCAAAGUUAUAUAGUUGCUCAGGGUGCACAGUCAGCCUUGGCAAUCAUGCCAUUGAUCAUGUGGUGAAGUCACCCUGUGAGGCCACCUGUUCCCAGAUGAGAGGAGAACAUGUCCUUCAUCUGGAGUCGCCAGUCAGUCAGCCUUCCAUAGACACCCACUGAGGGGCAACAGGACAACUCAUCUAACACAGCUGCAUUGUGUUGAGAGCAGAGAAGCAUACUGAUUAUAACAGGUUAUUUUUAUUCCAUAAAGCGUUUGCAGAAAUGUCACUACAAGUUAUUUAAGGCCCCCCUUAGACAAUAUACUUUCAAGGGGAAUAAUGUGCAA